UCAGGAAAGUGUUUUCUUCUAGCCAUGUGGUUAACGGCACACAUACACCCCUCCGCCAUCCUGCUAUUGACCCUCAGCAGCCUGGCCUCUGCAGGUCCAUUGUCUCGGAGCCCUUGUGAACUUUUGCCAGUUGGUGUGGGUCACCCGGUUCAGGCAAUGUUAAAGAGUUUUACCGCCCUCUCAGGCUGCGCAAGCAGAGGAACUACCAGCCACCCUCAGGAGGUGCACAUCAUCAACCUACGAAAAGGCAGUGCACAAGGAGCCAGAGAGAAAAUGGCAGAGGUGGCGUUACAUCUGCGGCCCAUCCAGUCCCUGCAUGUGCACCAGAAACCACUGGUUUUCAUCCUGAACUCCCCUCAGCCCAUCCUCUGGAAGGUCCGGACAGAGAAACUGGCCCCAGGAGUUAAACGUAUCUUCCAUGUUGCAGAGGGAUCUGAAGUGCACUUUGAGGUUGGGAAUUUCUCAAAGUCGUGUGAAGUGAAGGUGGAAACUCUUCCUCAUGGCAAUGAGCAUCUGCUUAAUUGGGCUCAUCACCGCUACACUGCAGUUACAUCUUUCAGUGAGCUCAGGAUGGCCCAUGACAUCUACAUCAAGGUUGGAGAAGACCCUGUGUUCUCUGAGACCUGUAAAAUCGAUAACAAAUUCCUGUCUCUGAACUAUCUGGCCAGCUACAUCGAGCCCCAGCCAUCCACAGGCUGUGUUCUCUCAGGUCCUGAUCAUGAGCAGGAGGUUCAUAUCAUUGAGCUUCAGGCACCAAACUCCAGCAGUGCAUUCCAGGUGGAUGUGAUUGUGGAUUUAAGGCCUCUGGAUGGUGACAUUCCACUUCAUCGUGACGUCGUGUUGCUUCUGAAAUGUGAGAAGUCAGUGAAUUGGGUGAUCAAAGCCCACAAAGUCAUGGGCAAACUGGAGAUUAUGACAUCAGAUACGGUCAGUCUGAGUGAAGACACAGAACGGCUGAUGCAGGUGUCAAAGACGGUCAAACAGAAACUGCCCGCGGGGUCGCAGGCUCUCAUCCAGUGGGCCGAAGAAAACGGAUUCAAUCCCGUCACUUCAUACACCAACACUCCUGUUGCCAAUCACUUCAAUCUGCGCCUCAGAGAACAAGUUUCAGAUGUGGGGAUCAUGGAUGAGGGAAUGUUGCCACCAUUUUCCAUUCUCCGCAACAUCAAUCCACUUCCAAAGCCCAGCGCCCGGGAUGCUCCUCCACGGAAUGGUUUUCCUUUCCCCUUCCUGCCUAUGGACCAGGACCAGUCAUUCCCUCCUUUGAUGCCCCCUCAUGAGGAUAGUGUUUUUCUGGCUGGGGGCCCCGAGGAGCACCAGGGGUCUGCAGAUGUAGGAUUCAAUGUGCAGUGUGAGAAGAACAAAAUGGUAGUCAGCAUUGAUAAGGAAACUCUACAGGCCAAUGGGUUUGGAAAACCCAAUAUAACUCUUCAGGACUCACAAUGCAAAGCAACCUCAAACGCCACCCAUUAUAUACUGGAGACGCCUCUGUCUGGCUGCCAAACCUCCAAAAUCCCCUCGCACCCCAGCCCAGUGGUCCUCUACAUCAAUGCAAUUGUUAUUAGCCAAUCAGAGCAGAAAGAUGGAAGUGGCUGGCCUGUUGAUGAUGAAGAUAUGGAGCCUGGAGAAGUUUUAUUACCUGGAGAUGCAUUACCGGAGCUCACAGAACGAAUUUUACCAGUAAACGGACAUCAUGCGACUAUUUUGUUCAACUGCACCUACCGCAAGAACCAGGACAGUCCAUUUGACACCGAUGCUGGAUCUGAUGAUUUUCUUGUAGACUCUACAGCCAAUGUAACCUUCAACAUGGAGCUUUAUAACAACCACUUCCAGUUCCCCAACAGCCAGCCGUUUCUCACAGUCACUGAGAACAGACCUGUCUUUGUGGAGAUUGCAGCCACAAAAGCUGACCCCAACCUUGGCUUCAUGAUCCAGACCUGCUUCAUAUCUCCAGACUCCAAUCCUGCCGUGCAGUCGGAGUAUGUUGUCAUAGAGAACAUCUGUCCCAAGGAUGACUCUGUGGUCUACUACCCUCAGCGAGGAGAUUUCCCCAUUCCUCAUGCUCAGAUGGACAAAAAACGCUUCAGCUUCACCUACAGAUCAAAGUUCAAUGUGUCAUUGCUCUUCCUGCACUGUGAGAUGUCGCUCUGCUCCAGAAGAAAUGACAAGGAGAUGAACCUGGCCGAGUGUAUGUUACCGGAUGAAGCCUGCACUUCCCUCAGUAUAGAGAGCAUCCUACUCAUCAUGAUGAACACAAAGACCUUGACCAAACCAAUAGUGGUCAUAUCUGACGACAUGCCAGUCACUAUUAAGGUCCCUCGGGAGGAAAGUCCACCACGUCAAGGCAUCAUAUAUGUUUUGGACACCCCAACUGUGGUGGGCAUCGCGUUUGCUGCCUUUGUAAUUGGAGCCCUUCUGACUGGAGCUCUAUGGUUUAUCUACUCGCAUACAGGUGGCACAGCUGCAGGACAGCAGGUGCCGAGUUGUCCGCCAGUGUCUGAAAACAGCAGCGCGGCUCACAGUAUCGGCAGCACACAGAGCACACCGUGUUCAAGCAGCAGCAACGCGUAGAACAGCUGGACUGACUUCUGCUUGCAGUGCCAUUUGUGGAAGAACAUGUGAAUAAGUAGCACAACAGGC